AUGGCUUUCUACAAAGUGAUCUGUGCGGUGACUCUGCUGACUCUCCUGACACAAGAGUCUCACUCACAAAUAGAUGUUUGUGGUCAGCCUAAGCUCAACACCAAGAUUGUUGGAGGACAGGUGGCCUCUGAAGGCAGCUGGCCCUGGCAGGCCAGUCUGCAAGACUCUACAGGGUUCCACUUCUGUGGAGGAUCCCUCAUUAACAAUCUAUGGGUGCUGACUGCUGCUCACUGCUUCGCAAGCACAGACCCAAAGGCUGUGACUGUGGUUCUGGGUCUCCAGAGUCUACAGGGAUCAAACACCAAUAAAGUGUCUCAGACAGUAUCACAGAUCAUCAUUCAUCCCAGCUAUAACUCUGGAACUAAAGAAAAUGACAUCUGCCUGCUGAAGCUCUCCUCACCGGUGACAUUUAACACCUUCAUCCUGCCCGUCUGCCUGGCAGCCCCAGGCAGCACCUUCUACAACGGCACUGCAGCCUGGGUCACCGGCUGGGGCGACAUUGGAUCUGGAGUGCCCCUUCCUUCCCCAGGAAACCUGAUGGAGGUGCAGGUGCCGGUUGUGGGGAACAGACAGUGUAACUGUAACUAUGGAGUGGGCAGGAUCACAGACAACAUGAUGUGCGCCGGGUUAAGUGCUGGAGGGAAGGACUCCUGUCAGGGGGAUUCAGGAGGUCCGAUGGUGAGCAAGCAGGGCGGUCACUGGAUCCAGGAGGGAGUCGUCAGUUUUGGAAGAGGCUGUGCCCUGCCUAAUUUCCCAGGGGUCUACACCCGAGUGUCCCAGUAUCAGUCCUGGAUCAACAAACAGAUCACCAGCAACCAGCCAGGCUACAUCAUCUUCACGUCCAAUGGGACUGACAGUGACCUCAACGUCACCUGUUCUGACCUGCCACUAACUACAACUACUCUCACUUCAACAACUCUCGCUCCAACAACCACAGCCCCACCUGUGGUCUGUGGCCAAGCCCCACUGAAUUCAGGUGUUCUGGGAGGAAGCUCUGUGGCGACAGCUGGUGUUUGGCCAUCGAUGGCGAGCCUACGGAACAAUGGAAGACAUGUGUGUGGCGGGACUCUGGUGGCUUUGGACUUUGUGUUGAGCAACGCCAACUGCUUCUCAAGUUCACCCAUACCGUCUGAAUGGACUGUCGUUUUGGGUCGUUUGAAUCAGAAUGGAUCCAACCCCUUUGAGGUGACACUGAAUGUGACAAAUAUCACUCUGAGCAACCUCACUGGGUCUAAUGUAGCAGUGCUGCGUCUGGCAACCAGACCCACCCUGUCCAACCACAUCCAGCCCAUCUGCCUGGACAACGGACAAACCUUCACUGUGGGUUUGACGUGCUGGGCUGCUGGCUGGAGCGCCGGGCAAGGAGGGGUUGAACAAGUUCUGCAGCAGUUACAGACCUCUGUGGUAAGCUGUGGAAACGUAUCAACGAGUGACAGCAUUUGUACAAACUCUUUCACACUGGGGCAGGGUGGUUCUGGCGGUCCAUUGAUGUGUAAGCAGGGCGGCUCUUGGUUCCAGGCAGCAGUGUUGUCAGUUGAAAACAACAGCACCAGUCAAACACGAGCAGAUCCAGUGAUGGUCUUCACCAAACUCAGCCACUUUCAGUCCUUCCUGGCUCAGACAGUGGGGACGUUCUUAUCUCCAGCCUCCAACACCACCAACACCACCAGCAGCAGCAGCACAACUGCCACCAAUACACUCACUACCAGCGGGGACGCUCCUGCUCACUCCCCCAUGUUUUUCCUCCAUCUCCUCAUCUUCUCUAUGUGUCUCCACCUCUUUUCAUAGAUGUGACGAGCACAAAUUAAUGUCAACAAUCAACAACCUUAAAUUUGAGAGCUAGUGUAGGCUUAAAGCUGCUUUAACUACUCUAUGACUUGAUUCUGCCUCUGUUGGUGACGGGACGCCCUCUGCUUUCAGUCUAAAAAUUUCUUUAAUACAAUGAUAAAAUGUGAAAUCAAUUCUAAUAUGUUUUUUAACUAACUGAUUAUUUUGAAUGAGUCUUAAAUUGAAUCCUAAAGUGCCACUUAUGUUAUAGUUGCAAAAAAUGUAUCCAGAUGUUAUGUACAUGAUAAAAUAUGAUUGAACAAAUGGCUUAAAAAAAAAAACUUCUGAGGUCUGAGGAACAGUUACAGUAUGCCCAUCAUCUACCUCAUUUGAUUAGUGCUACUGUACCAUAGCGUGUAUUUCUCUGAACUUAACAUGUGGCAUUUUCUCUAAAUACUGAAGCUGCACUUUACAUUAAUAAUUAUUUGGUUUGAAAGUUUAUCUAUUUGGAAUAAUGACCUGCUUUUAACCCUUCCUGUCUGAUGCUUUUAUGCUUUGAGCACAUUUGUAUUCUGUUUUGUUUCUGAAAAGCAGCACAUUAUAAGAUGUUCUGGUUAAUUUCUACAAAAUUAAAGACAAAGAAAAUGUGUGUGUGUGUGUGUGUGUGAGUGUGUGCUGUGUCCCUAUAACAUAGCCUGAAUUUAUACAGUUGAAUUUGCCAGGCGUUGUGAUGGCCUAGUAGAUAAGACACAUGCUUUUGGUGUGAGACCCAGUUUCAAUUCCCCACUGCAGCACAUCAACCAAUGUGUCCCUGAGCAAGGCACUUAACCCAUAGUUGCUCCAGAGGUGUGCGACCUCUGACCUCUGGCUUUGGAUAAAAGCGUCCGCUAAAAUGAAUAAAUGCAAGGCAUGAAUUCUAUGGAGGGAUUAUUGGGUCAGAUUGAAAACUAAAAGUCUAAAUCCAAAAGUAGAAGUCAAAUUCGAAAAUGAACUUGGUAUUUAGGAUUGGGCAUUUAGCCAUUAAUAAAUUGGCUAGAGGGAGGACUAUCAUCAUUUAUCAUUUAUAAUACCAUAACUAAAAGCUUACAGCUUUUCUGUCUAUAUGGCCUCACAUACAAAGUCAACAGUGAAAGGAGCGCUAACCGUCUGAAAAAAAAGCAGCGGACAGUACAGCAGGUAAGAUAUGUCAACAUUAGCAAGUUAGCUAUAUUAGGCUAACUGUUGCUGACAUGCAUGAGUUAUGUUACUGUCUGUACAUGCUGUUUUUUUUAAUGCGGCUAUUAACCCCGCUGUGGGCAUAUAAACUGUAAAAAUAAGAUGUACAAGCUAUGUUUGAGGGGAACCGUACCAUGCUGGGCAGGUGACAGGUGUGUGUUUACAGUAUUUGUGUGCUCUGAAAAAUAUAACAGCUAUAAAGUCUCAGCCGGCAGACCUAGCAUAGUAUUAUUACUACAUACACAUAUGGAUGUAACAUUUAGGCCUAAUAGACAUCCGCUACUCAGAAACAGAAGACACUACCUGCAUCACUGCCGAUGUCAUUUGAUCAAGGGAUGAAUGGUGAUUAAUGCGAUUGUCAUUGGUGUUUUUCUGGUGUCUCCUUUUGUUCUUUCACUUCACUGUGUUUCGAGUGUUCCCGUCUGUCUCUGUGUUUGUUUUUGCCCCAUGUUCAGCUGCAACUACACACAUGCACUGCUUUGCACUAGCUCUGUAAUAUGUGAGGUAAUGGGUUCAUAGGUUUAUAACACAAGCACCUCCAUACAUAUCGUUUAGGGUGUAGCAAUGGUUUUGGGUUUUUUUUUGUUUCUUCAUGUAUUGUUUGGUGAUACUUUUGCUUCUUGGUAUUGUUUAAUUAUGUAUUGUGCUAAAGUGUCCUGUACACAAUCAGGGCAUUGUUAAAAAGUAAGCGUUAGAUCCCACUUUUACCAAAAGAGAGUUUAAUGUUAGUGAGUUAUGUUAUGUUAUGUUAUUAUGCAUUGCUGUAACGUGAGUCUGAACAGACCAUGCUGAUAACAAUGUAUGCAAUUUGGAUUACAGCCAGCAGUAACAAAUAUAUGAAUCAAACAACAACAAAGAAACACAACCACAGUACAACAUUAUUUAAAUUUGAAUUUACAGGGUACUAUUAACAAUGGGGAUAACAGCUGGUAUGAACGACCUAAUCUACUUGUUCGUGGCAGACUAUAUCUGCGCCCUGAUGGCAGCAGCAUAAAUUCACCCCACAAAGGAUGACUGGGAUCAGCCAGGAUAGCUCUCGCCUUCUUCAAGUAUCUGACCUUAUACAGGUCAUGUAGGUCAUCUAAGGGUGUGUCCGCAAUUUUGCUGCGUACCUUCACAACACCUGGCAUGUGAUUUUUCUGCUUAAUAGAAAGUGAGCCGUGCCAGCAGAUAAAAGAGAAAGUGAGAACUGAUUCAAUAAAACAGGAAUAAAACAUUUUCAGAAAAACAGUGUCGACAUUAAAACUGAGUGCGCUGAUGAGCUUUUUUACACACAGCAUCAACCUGGGACUCAAAGCACAGUUUACUGUCGAUCACAGUCCCAAGAUAUUUGUACUGCUGCACUAGUUCAACUGGCUGGUUGUCCAUUACAACAGGGGAAAUGACUGCGGGGUUUCUACUGAAGUCUAUG